AUGAAAGUUUCUUCCAUGAAGAGGGUUAUUAGGUUUUGUAAGAAGGGAAAACUUAGUCCCGGGUUUAUUGUUCCUUACAAUAUCUCCAAGAGAAUUGACGAUGUAGCAUAUGAGUUGGAGUUAUCUCAAGAGUUAGAAGCGGUUCAUCCGGUAUUCCAUGUGUCUAUGUUGAAGAACUGCUUUGUUGAUCCUUCAGUGAUUGUAUCAAAUGAGAAUGUUGGGAUUAAGGAUAUUUUUUCCUAUGAGGAGGUUUCAGUUCAAAUUUUGGAUCGUCAAGUUCGUAAAUUAAGAACAAAGAAAGUUGUGUGGCUUAAAGUCCUUUAG